AUGAGUGGCACAUCGCCUCACGCUACGAAACAGGCGGACUUUUCUGUGGACGAAUAUAGACCCAUAAAGGUCAUCUGUAUCGGCGCAGGGGUCGCCGGCAUCGUUGCAGGCAUCCGCUUUCGGCAACGUAUCUCCAAUCUGGACUUAACUAUCUAUGAGAAAGAGGAUGGCAUAGGUGGUACCUGGCACGCCAGUAGAUACCCAGGCAUUUCUUGCGAUAUCCCAUCCCACGCAUACCAGCUCUCGUUUGAGUCGAACACGCAAUGGUCGUCUUUCUACGCUCCCGGCGCCGAGAUCAAGGCUUACCUUGAGCGCGUCGUAGAGAAGCAUAAGCUCAUGCCGUACAUCCACCUCAAUCACAACAUGAUCUCCGCCAAAUGGGACGAAGAUACCGCGAAGUGGAGUGUGACGAUUCGGCGUCCCAACGGUCAAGAGUUUGUGGAUACUUGCGACGUUCUCUUCCUCGGCGUCGGCGCGCUCAGUCGCUGGAAGUGGCCGGACAUGGCGGGUUUAAAGAGUUUUGGCGGUACUCGCGUGCACAGCGCGCGUUGGGACGUGUCGGAAGAGGUCAUGGAGGACUGGAAGGACAAGAAUGUUGCAGUCGUUGGCAAUGGCUCUACAGGCAUUCAGAUUGUCACCGCGCUACAACCGCGGGUCAAGACUCUUACUCACUUCAUCCGCGACAAGACAUGGCUCCCACCACCCUGCUCGCUGGAAGUCCUACUGAAGCUUGUAGAGCGAGGACCCGAGAGUACUGACUUCACUUUUGAUGCCGACUUGAGGAAGAGACUUGCGGAUGAUCCUGAGUUCUACCGACACUUCAGACACGAGAUUGAAGCCUCCACGCAUACAUAUACUCCCAUCUCAUUCAAGUACUCGCCCGAGCAGGCGUACGUCAGAGCCCUGGUACAACAGGAGAUGACGCGCAAGGUCGCUAAGAAGCCCGAGCUGGUGCCGAAGCUCAUACCCGACUUUGCCAUCGGAUGCCGGAGAUUAACUCCAGGACCCGGCUAUCUGGAGGCGUUGUGCGAAGAUAAUGCGACGCUCGAGACUGCCCAUAUUGCGCGGGUCACUGAGACCGGCCUUGAACUGACUGACGGCCGACACAUUCCUCUCGACGUUCUCGUUUGUGCGACGGGCUAUGAUACAACCUGGCGCUAUCCCUUCCCCAUCACAGGCCGCAACGGGAAGCUGCUCACUGAACGCUGGGCUGACCAUGCCGAAGCCUAUCUCGCUAUUGCUGUUGACGGUUUCCCCAAUCUGUGGCUCGCGUUUGGACCCAACUCUGCGCUGAACUCGGGUAGCGAAGUUGCAGCCAUUGAGAAACAGGUUGAGUAUGCUGUGGCCGGUGUCGCGAAGAUGCAGCGGGAGCGGUUGCGAACCAUGGAGGUGAAGGUACAGGCGUUGCGCGACUUCAACACCUACGCGCAGGAGUACUUCAAGAAGACUGUCUACCACGAGAAGUGCAGUACAUGGUAUCGUAACUCUGCAAGCGGCGUUGUAACUGGACCUUGGCCGGGCAGCUGUCUCCAUCUCGUCCGCACUCUAUCUCAUCCUCGCUGGGAGGACUUCGAGUAUACGCAGCUGGUUGAAGAUGAGGCCAAAGCCAGGUUCUACUGGCUCGGGGAUGGUCUCACAUACGCCGAGAAAACUCUGCAGGGCGAUCGUGCUUGGUACCUCAACGAGGUGGAUCAUCCUCCCAUUCCAUCUGAUUGA